AUGUAUCGACGUCAGCGUUUUGGCUACCCAACUCAAAAAGAAGGUUACUCAAAGCUCACUACACUCCUUUUCCAGUUACCCGCCUGCUUAAGGUGCCCACGUAGUCCUGGGUACAGUAACCCCUUUGAAGAGUAUAUCUACACCAAACGGCAAUGGUUCCUCUCCACAGGUUCAAAUAAUCGUCGGGCAACGGCCGGGAAGUUUGCCAGUGCGUUCGUGUUGGGCAGAAGCUCUCAGAACUAG